CCAUUUUUUUCUCCACAAACAAUAAAAGUUCCAAUCUCCAUUCUCGUCUUAGCCAUUAAAAAGAGAGAUGAAACCAUUAUGAGAAACAAAAAAGUUUAGAUUUUUAUGGAGUUCAAGAAAGGAAGAGUAGUCUCACUCUUACCUUCAGGCAUGGAGAAGAAGUGGGCACUUCCUCUCUUCCUAAUCUCCUUCUUUGCAGUCUUCCUUGUCACCUCCCUUAACAUGGGCCUCCUCUCCUCUGUCUCCACCAUUGAUUCCGUUCUCUCUUUUCUCCCCUCAAAAUUCUCCGGCGAUCGUUCGGCCAUUGUUUUAGAAUCCAAGCUCUCACCGGCUCCGGCUACCAAUGUCCCUCGUCUUGCCUACCUGAUCUCUGGCUCCAAAGGCAACCUCAACCAAUUGUGGAGAACCCUCCAUGCACUCUAUCAUCCUCACAACCUCUACGUGGUGCACCUAGACCUCGAGUCAUCUGUAGCAGAAAGGAGGGAACUUGUUGCUCGGGUCGCCAACCAUUCCCUCUUCGCCAAGGUGGAAAAUGUUCAUGUGAUUAAAAAGGCGAACAUGGUGACCUAUAGAGGUCCAACAAUGAUGGCCACCACCCUCCAUGCCUGUGCCAUUCUUCUUAAGAAGAAGAAGCACUGGGAUUGGUUCAUCAACCUCAGUGCUUCAGAUUACCCUCUUGUAACUCAUGAUCUUCUCUUUACAUUCUCAAAGCUGCCAAGAAAUUUGAAUUUUAUUGAGCAUACAAGCAGAUUGGGAUGGAAGGAAGAUCAGAGGGCAAAGCCAUUGAUCGUAGAUCCAGGGCUUUAUAUGAAGAGCAAAUCUAAUGUGUUUUGGCUGUCACCAAGGAGAGAAUCGCCCAACGCAUUUAAGCUUUUUACAGGCUCGGCAUGGAUGGCUCUAUCAAGGGAUUUUGUUGAAUUCUGCAUCUAUGGUUGGGACAAUCUACCAAGAACCCUAUUAAUGUACUACACCAACUUCAUCUCCUCAUCUGAAAGUUACUUCCAGACAGUAAUAUGCAACGUACCAGAAUUCAAUAACACAGUCAUCAAUCAUGACCUUCACUACAUUUCAUGGGACUAUCCUCCCCAGCAACACCCACACAUCCUUGGUCUUCCUGACCUCGAAAGAAUGAUUAGUAGUAAAGCCCCCUUCGCUCGAAAAUUCAAAAUGAAUGAUUCUGUUCUCCACAAGAUUGAUGAAGAGUUCCUGGGCCGCCGAGGCGAAGAGGGCAUUGUGCCUGGUGGGUGGUGCUCCGGCGAGCCACGGUGCUCAGAUAUUGGAGAUGAGAUGAGGCUUGAGCCAGGACCUGGAUCACAGAGACUAACACAGCUUAUGGAUAGGUUAGUUAGAUCUAAUAAUUUUAAGAUGAAUCAAUGUAGAUAAAAAACUUCAUAGAUUGUAAAAUAUGAACAUUAAAUAAUCAUAUUUGAAUGACAAUGUAAAUGCAAACAUAGAUGGAUUAAGGUUGUCAAGUUAUGAUGAGUACCCAUUACAUAAAAUUUCAAUAAACUUUGUUGGUUUGAUGAAAA